ACUGGGAUAAGAACGGGAACGAAAGAUGGCGGCGGAAAUGCUGCUGUCCAGUCUGUUGGGGCUGCUGUUUCUGGGUCUCCUAUUACCAGCAAGUCUGACCAGCGGUGUUGGGAGCCUGAACCUGGAAGAACUGAGUGAAAUGCGAUAUGGAAUAGAGAUCCUGCCGUUGCCUGUCAUGGGAGGGCAGAGCCAAGCUUCGGACGUGGUGAUUGUUUCUUCUAAGUACAAACAACGCUAUGAGUGUCGCCUGCCAGCUGGAGCUAUUCACUUCCAGCGUGAAAGGGAGGAGGAGGCACCUGCCUACCAAGGGCCUGGGAUCCCUGAGUUGUUGAACCCAAUGAGAGAUGCUCCCUGCCUGCUGAAGACCAAGGACUGGUGGACGUAUGAAUUCUGUUAUGGACGCCACAUCCAGCAGUAUCACAUGGAAGAUUCAGAGAUCAAAGGUGAUGUCCUCUAUCUCGGCUAUUACCAAUCGGCCUUCGACUGGGAUGAUGAGACAGCCAAGGCCUCCAAGCAGCAUCGACUGAAACGCUACCACAGCCAGACCUAUGGUAAUGGGUCCAAGUGUGACCUCAAUGGAAGGCCCAGGGAGGCUGAGGUUCGGUUCCUCUGUGAUGAGGGUGCAAGUAUCUCUGGGGACUACAUCGAUCGUGUGGAUGAGCCCUUGUCCUGCUCUUACGUGCUAACCAUUCGGACUCCUCGGCUCUGCCCCCACCCUCUCCUCCGUCCUCCACCCAGUGCUGCUCCACAGGCCAUUCUCUGUCAUCCCUCCCUGCAACCUGAGGAGUAUAUGGCCUACCUUCAGAGACAAGCUGACUCAAAGCAAUAUGAAGAUAAAAAUACAGAGGAGCUGCAAGACUUGGACUCCCAAAUGUGGAGUGAGUCCAAGUCUGAGGUGGUGCCCUCAAAUAAAGCAGGUACAAGCCCAACCAAGGAUGACAGUAAGGAAUCUGAUUUUUGGAAGAUGCUUCAUGAAUCAGAGGACUCAGCCCCAGGAGGGGAAGAGGUGCAGGCAGAGGAGCAAGACCUGAACCUUGAGGCUGCAGUGGAUCCAGCUCCAGGCCCUCCUGAUGAUUUUCAGAACAACGUACAGGUCAAAGUUAUUCGGAGUCCUGCAGACUUGAUUCGAUUGAUAGAGGAGCUGAAAGGUGGAACAAAAAAGGGGAAACCAAAUGCAGGCCAAGAGCAGCCUGUGGAUGAUGCUUUGGAAGCCCCUCAACGGGAACCUGAAGUGAAAGGAAAGGGUGACACAGAACAUCAGGGUGAGGCAGAAGAGGAGGAUAAUGAUGAAGAUGAAGAUGAGGAUGAGGAUGAAAGGCAGCUACUAGGAGAAUUUGAGAAGGAACUGGAGGGGAUACUGCUCCCAUCAGACCGAGAGCGGCUCCGUUCAGAGGUGAAGGCUGGCAUGGAGCGGGAGCUGGAGAAUAUCAUCCAGGAGACAGAAAAGGAGCUGGACCCAGAAGGGCUGAAGAAGGAGUCAGAACGAGAUCGGGCAAUGCUGGCUCUGACAUCCACACUCAACAAACUCAUCAAAAAGCUGGAGGAAAAACAGAGUCCAGAACUGGUGAAGAAGUACAAGAAAAGGAGAGUUGUCCCAAAAAAGCCUCCACCAUCACCCCACCCUACAGAGGAGGAUCCUGAGCACAGAGUCCGGGUCCGGGUCACCAAGCUCCGUCACGGAGGCCCCAAUCAGGAUCUGACUGUCCUCGAGAUGAAACGGGAAAACCCACAGCUGAAACAAAUCGAGGGGCUGGUGAAAGAACUGCUGGAGAGGGAGGGACUCACAGCUGAAGGGAAAAUUGAGAUCAAAAUUGUCCGCCCUGGGGCUGAAGGGACUGAGGAGGAUGCACGUUGGCUAACUGAUGAGGACACAAAAAACCUCAAGGAGAUUUUCUUCAAUAUCUUGGUGCAGGGAGCUGAAGAAGCCCAUAAAGAGCGCCAGCGGCAGAAAGAGCUGGAGAGCAACUAUCGCCGUGUGUGGAGCUCUCAAGGUGGAGAAGGCACAGGGGACCUUGACGAGUUUGACUUCUGAAACUACCACCACAUGACCCUCCAAAGAGUGCAGAGUCUUCCUGAGUGGCCCUGUCUCCUCAUCUCCCCACCCCUGGGGCCCUGAAGGCAAAACGGUGAAGAGGAGCUGAGCUGUGGAUGUCUGAGCCCCCAGCUCUGGGGUGUGGAGGGCGUGGGGUGAGUGCUGCUGGAGCUACCCAGCUGCCUCACACCUCACCAGGCCUGGGAUUUUGCUCUCCCAGGCUCCCCCACAUACCUUACCUCCUCAGCUUUCCUUGCUAUCAUUUUCCAACUUGUUUUUUUCCCUCCUCCUACCUAGUGAGAUCUUUUGAAAUAGGAGGGCAGUUUAGCAGGCUGUAAGAAAGUAGCUGCCCACCCCUACCCUGUUGCUGUGUGGAGUUUCUUUUCCCCCCAUCUCUUGGAUUGAAUUGGGAUUUCCUUUCCCCUUUCCCUGUUCCCACUGUCGUCUACAAUCUGUGCUUCUGAGUCCAGGAGCCUUCACCUCUGUCGCUGAGGAAAUGGGAGACCAUUGCACAUCACCUCGGACACAAUCCCAGCAAAGAGGGUGGGGUGUGGAACCACCCACCUUGUUCUUCAACAAUCAGGUUUCUAAAUAAAGAACUGGACCAUCA